AUGGCAGCAGUGUUUGUUGUUGGGGAUUUGGCUGGCGGUGGAAUGAUUGCACUACCAAAAGCGCUGGUCAAUGCAGGUACAUGGGCAGUGUACCGCGGCGUUUGUCGAAAGCCUUAUGGAGAGAUGGCGUUCCGUGCUUGCGGACAGCGAAUGAGGAUUUUCAUCGCCGUGAUGGUGUGUUUGACUCAAUUCGGUUUUGCUACCGUACUUAUUCUGCUUGCCGCAAAGAACACAGCAAUCCUACUGCACUUCUUUUUCACCAUCAAAAUUAAUUUCUGCUGGCUUAUCGUGAUCGUCGGAUUGAUCGUGUGGCCAGCAACAAUGUUGAAGAGUCCAAUGCAUUUUUGGCAGGUAGCCGUCUUCUCAGCGCUCUCCAGUUCCAUUGCUGUUUGCCUGCUGGUGGUCGGAUUCAUACAUGACGCUCCAGUCUGUGCACAGGACACCUCCUAUCGUGAUUUUGAUCUGCGAAGCUUCUUCAUGGCUUACGGUACAAUGGCAUUCGCAUUUGGUGGUCAUGCUGUAUUUCCGACAAUCCAAAAUGACAUGCGAAAACCACGUCUCUUCAGUCGUUCCGUUUGGGUUGCGUAUAUUCGUGGGAUUGUUAUUUACUACGUCACUGUCGCCGUAAUGGGCUACUCAAUCUAUGGAGCAUCUGUAGGUGAUGCUAUCAUACCAUCAGUUCAACUGCAGUGGGUGCAGCAAACCGUAAACAUGAUGAUCGCGCUGCAUGUCAUUACAACGAUCGUCAUAGUAUUCUCACCGUUGACGCAACAAGUGGAGGAAAUUCUGCGAAUACCCCAUCAUUUCGGAUGGCAGCGUUUCAUAGUUCGAUCUGUACUCUUCUGGACAGUCAUAUUUGUGGCGCUGUCCCUUCCCAACUUUGGUCCCCUCUUAGAUUUGAUAGGAGCUUCAACAAUGUCUCUGAUGACGAUGGUCAUGCCCAGCAUCUUCUAUUUAUUUCUGUAUGCGUCGAAUAUUAAACGGAAGAAUGCGAUCAACGAAGGAAAAAUACUUCCAGACUCUCCAGAUAAUGAAAGGGCCACACUCAAGGACUUUGGAAUAAUCGGCGGACUAGCAGCUACUGGAUUCUCCGUUGUGAAGCUCACCAGCGCAGAGGUUGCAGCGCCGUGUUACAUUCAGUACAUUCGACAAGGUACCUCGCAGGACAAACGGACGAAGAAGAGCGACGACGGAUCGAUGUUGAAAAAAGCACGACAGAUGGACACUAAUAGUCCGAGAGUAUGCCCAGAAGGAGAGGUAUUCAGGAGAGCUAGUAAAGGAUACGACGACCGAUACCGCCACAUGAAGGCAGCGGAAGAACCAGCUUUUGAG